GUGAAGCUGAAACUGACUCAUGAUUUUGGAACAGCUGGGUGAUUCGCCCCUCACAAAAGAUGAUGCACCUGUUUCCUUUUUCGAAUCCGACUCUCCUCAUUGGCAACCUGAUUUAUCUGAUUCGGAAAAUGUGCCCGACUUUGUGAACUAUGUUCCAUUGGGCAGUGAAAUAGUACACACGCUAGGGACUGGCGAAUCAGAGAGUGACGAAGACGGAUCGGUACACGGCGAUGUCGAACAACCAGUAACUAAUUCCACUGGUUUCGAAGACGUGGAACCCGUUAACUCUGCUUUCUCUUUUGAUCUGAAUGUGGACAGAUUGUUAAGCAUUGAGUUGGAUAGGGGGGAGUUGGAACCUCGUGGCCCAUUCGGGGAUUCGUCACUGUAUACGAACCCUCUGCCUGAUACAACUCAGGUCUAUCUGUGGAACAGUUCCGUCCCUUCUACGGACCGCAUUGUCAUUAGCAAUGACAAGGCUGAUGAAAUUCGAAAUUGUAUGGCCAACUUUUCUAUACCGUCUAACGGAGUGCCUCCAUGGGCAACAGCGAUCCCUGAAGAUCUGUGGAAGCAACGCCUUCUAGAACGCUUGAAUGUACGAAAAUAAGAACGCUCAAAAUCAUAUAACGUCUUUUUCUUCUCACUGGAACUUGUUUUAUCCAUGGUACAUUCCUCGUUUGUAUCAUUGCACAAGUCCUUCCCCCGAGCGCGGAUUCCCUUGUUCAUCCUGCUGCACCUGUGAUUGUCUUGAUGUAUUCUUUUCAACACACCAUGUUCGUUCCUUUGUUUAUUCACACAACUAUUACUUUAAUCGAUUCACGUUCGUUGAUUUAAAAUAUGAGUAACAUAAUUGCCAUGCUUAUACUUAGAGGUGCUUGUUCGAACCCAUCUCGUUUGCAUGCCGCGAUAUGAUUAGUUUUCGGUCCUUUACAGUUCUACAGCCACCCACGAUGAUAUGCGACUAAAAUGAGAUUAACUUGCUCCCACAUGUUUGGUAUACCAAUGCUCGUUACACACAUCUCUUUAUUUUUAUCGGG